AUGGAAUCAACAGGUACCCGUACAUUCUUUGACAAGUCACACGAUGACACUUUAUUCAAAUCAAAGAUUCAACCAAAUACAUUAAAUUGGGAACAAUUCUUACAAUCUACUCAAUGGAAAGGUGAAUCUUUUGAUGAAUUCAAAGAAAAAAAUAAUUAUUAA